AUGGCUCAGAGACAAAAGGAAAAACAAAAAGCUUCUACAUCAGCAGCAGUAACAGAGGAAGCAAGCAAAAUUGUACCAGUUGAGGAGGAAGAUGCUAAUUCUUACACGAUUAUUGAUAAACUUGAGCAGUUUGGAAUAUCCGCUGCUGAUAUUCGAAAGCUGAAAGAUGCUGGUUUCUGUACAUUCGAAGCAAUCGCUUAUGCACCACGCAAAGAAUUGUACGCUAUCAAAGGCAUAAGCGAACAGAAAGCCGAAAAAAUAUUCAUAGAAGCAGCAAAACUAGUACCGAUGGGUUUUACUACUGCUAGUGAGGUGCAUGUCAAGCGUUCCGAAAUCAUCCAAAUAGGUACGGGCAGUCGUGAAUUAGAUCGUCUUCUUGGAGGAGGAGUGGAAACGGGAUCUAUCACUGAGAUAUUCGGCGAGUUCCGUACUGGUAAAAGUCAACUUUGUCAUACAUUGGCUGUAAUGUGCCAAUUACCGGUGGAUAUGGGAGGAGCGGAAGGUAAAUGUCUUUGGAUUGAUACUGAAGGUACUUUCCGUCCAGAAAGAUUACUUGCUGCAGCUGAAAGGCACAAAUUGUCUCCACAAGAUGUUCUGGACAAUGUUGUUUAUGCGCGCUGUUAUAAUACUGAUCACCAAAUGCAGCUUCUUAUUCAGGCAUCGGCUAUGAUGGCAGAAUCAAGGUACGCUUUGCUUGUUGUCGAUAGUGCAACUUCAUUGUUUCGGACGGACUUUUCGGGACGUGGUGAACUUGCUUCCCGACAGAUGAUGCUUGCGAAAUUCCUCAGAAUGCUUCUCAAAUUAUCCGAUGAAUUUGGUGUUGCUGUAGUAAUAACCAAUCAAGUAGUGUCACAAGUAGAUGGAGGUUGUGGUAUGUUUCAAGGAGAAACGAAGAAACCAAUUGGAGGGAACAUCAUGGCUCAUGCUUCUACAACUAGGCUUUAUUUGCGUAAAGGACGUGGCGAAACACGCAUUUGUAAAAUUUACGAUUCACCGUGCCUUCCAGAAAGUGAGGCAAUGUUUGCCAUAACGACACACGGUAUCGAUGAUACUACAGAUUAG